GCCCGAACAAAAAGCUCGCAGUCGAUUCAGUUCGAGUUGUACUCUAGUAAGUGAAAGUGAUCAAAGCGGUAAAACAACAACAAACAUGGCAGUCAGCAGAUUAUCUAUCAUCAAGUUUUUAGAACUUGCAAUUGCAGUAGCUUGCUUUGGCCUUCACUACCAAAGUAACCUGAAAUUAUAUUCUGAGGAUACCAUUUCUGCCGUAGCUUUCGGAGGAUACAUCAUUAUUUUAUGUGGAGGUUUUGCAGGUCACUUAAUGUCAACUCCAAUCAACAGAAGAAUCGACAUCUUUUUCUGUCUUGUUGGAUGUGCCAUCUUUAUCGCCGCUGGUGCAAUGAACAUUGACCACUAUAGGCACUAUGGCAACAGUGAAUGGAGAAACUAUGGUUUGGCUAAAUCCUCUUUGGCCAUUGUUAAUGGCGCCCUCUUCCUUUUGGACUCCCUUUUAACAUGGCGAGGAGACUUUUAAGUAAAAAAACUAAGUAAUUUAAGCCACCAAAUUAUAUUUUUUACUGUAAUCAUUUCAAAUUAUGUGUUUUGUAAACAAUUUAAAAGCAGUACAAUGUUUUAAGCUUUAAAUGUUGCUCUAUUUAUUGUUAAUAUUUUUAAAAAUUAGAUUUAAGUAUUGAUGCCUUUAAAUACGUAUUUUUAUAUUAACUUUUGUAAAUAAAACUUGCAUUUGUAUUUUUUCUCUUUUACAUUUGUACACAUUACAUAUAAAUGU